GUCUCCAUCAGUUCUGUGGAAGUGUGGGCAAGGCACAGGAAGGACGCCUGUGCCAGAGUGGAGCGAGCCUGGCAUCCCCGGGUCCCUUGGUUCAGAUAGAAGCAGGCACCGUCUGCCCUGCAUGGUUAUCCUGCCACAGCCCUCACCACAGCCAGAGGCUGCCUGCCCCCUGCUUCACCCUGGGUGCCCCUGCAGGCGGAACUCUCAGCAGGAGGGGCUCCUGGAGGGGGUUCCAGGACUGUGUCCCACCCUGAGGGCACUGGAGAGGGCCUUGUGCUGAUGGGAGGGACAGGGUUUUAGAACCCUGGGUCUCAAGUGGAAGUGAAGGUGGUGGUGGGGUUGGGGAGCCUGGGGCGUCUGGCACUGUCUGACACCUGCUCUCCCUGGUGUUUCUGCCUCCUGGUGUGAGUGGGUCACGGGACCAGCCCUGUGGGAUGUAGGAGUAAGGGUUCUCUUGGGACAGGCUGGCAGCCUUUGUCCAGGAUGGGUGCCCCUUGGCCCCGGGUGGAGGAGCAGGGAGUUCCGCCUUGCAUGGCCCUGGUGCUCCUCUGUGCCCGUGGCCACCCUGCUGGGGGACCUGCCCAGCAUUCCCAUGGAGACCUCAGCCAGGACUCGGGUCUGCUGGCUUUGUCAAGCAGGUGCCUGUGGGGACUCAGGUGGGAGGCACUACCCUCUGGAGUCCCUAAGUGGAGCCCAGGGCUGAGUGAGCUUUUGGAGACACAUCUGGUCCCUUAGUCCUUAGCAAUCAUGUUGUUCAAGAACAGGGUGGCCCAGGGCCCUGGCUGGCCUGCCACCUGCCACUGGGCUUCCAGACACUGCACAGCGUCCCCACAUGGCAGGAGUGGGGCUCAUAGGAGCUCUCUCAGGAGGCAGCUUUGAGGAUGCCACCAAACAGGCCUGACCCAGCCCUGCAGCCAGCCCUUGUCCCUGUGCUCCCCAGGCCAGCUGUGUGUGUCACGGGUCCCUGGCCCUCACUUGGGGUGGGGCCUGGCAUUUGAUUUCUGGAAAGUGAAGCUCCAGCUGUGUGUCGUUGUCCUGGAGAGCUCCGGGCUGCCCACCUCCCUGGCCUCUUCCAGCUGGCACAGGGAGGUGCUGGGGAGAGCACAGUCCCCUCUGACUAUGGGUUGGGGUGGGCCGCCGAGCUAUGACUGGUCACAGUGGAUUUCACACAGAACUUCUCACAACACCGGGAAUCCUGAGAGCAGUCUCUGCAGGUGUGGCGAGUCCCCGGCUCACCUGUGGGAUUUGUUGAAAGGUAAAGUCCUGGGCCGCGGCGUGUAAUUGCAGCUGGGCGCUGGGAUGCAGGGCCUGGUGCACUCUCAGCCCUGGUUAGGAAGUGCUGCCUUCGGGUUGCAGAAGCUUCGGGAGUCCAGGAUGUGGAAAUGCUCGCCCUGAGGUGCUGUCCAGGAACUGGGGAGUCCAGGAUGUGGAAAUGCUCACCCUGAGGUGCUGUCCAGGAACUGGGGAGUCCAGGAUGUGGAAAUGCUCACCCUGAGGUGCUGUCCAGGAACUGGGGAGUCCAGGAUGUGGAAAUGCUCACCCUGAGGUGCUGUCCAGGAACUGGGGAGUCCAGGAUGUGGAAGUGCUCGCCCUGCACUGGUGUCCGGGGAAUCAGGAGUCCAGGAUGUGGAAAUGCUCACCCUGCGCUGGUGUCCGUGGAAUCAGGAGUCCAGGAUGUGGAAAUGCUCGCCCUGCGCUGGUGUCCGGGGAAUCAGGAGUCCAGAAUGUGGAAAUGCUCGCCCUGAGCUGGUGUCCGGGGAAUCAGGAGUCCAGGAUGUGGAAGUGCUCACCCUGAGGUGCUGUCCAGGAACUGGGGAGUCCAGGAUGUGGAAAUGCUCUCCCUGCGCUGCUGUCCGGGGAAUCAGGAGUCCAGGAUGUGGAAAUGCUCGUCCUGCGCUGGUGUCCGGGGAAUCAGGAGUCCAGAAUGUGGAAAUGCUCGCCCUGCGCUGGUGUCCGGGGAAUCAGGAGUCCAGGAUGUGGAAAUGCUCACCCUGCGCUGGUGUCCGGGGAAUCAGGAGUCCAGGAUGUGGAAAUGCUCGUCCUGCGCUGGUGUCCGGGGAAUCAGGAGUCCAGGAUGUGGAAGUGUCGCCCUGCGCUGGUGUCCGGGGAAUCAGGAGUCCAGGAUGUGGAAGUGCUCGCCCUGCACUGGUGUCCGGGGAAUCAGGAGUCCAGGAUGUGGAAAUGCUCACCCUGAGCUGCUGUCUGGGGAAUCAGAAGUCCAGGAUGUGGAAAUGCUCGCCCUGCGCUGGUGUCCGGGGAAUCAGGAGUCCAGGAUGUGGAAGUGCUUGCUCUGCCAUCUCGCCAAUUCCCGACACCAAGGAAGGAAUGUUCCAGUCACCUCUGGAGGUGGCAUCUUUCAGAACAGGGGACCCAAGUUCCCCGGCGCUCCUGGGGGUCCUGUGGGUAGAAUCCUGACUCCUGGGGCCAUGGACUCUGGGCACAGACCCUGGACUCAGUUCAGCUCCUGAUGAGUCCCUGUUGGCUUCGAUGAUGUGUGUGCUCUGGGUGUCCUGGGAUCAGUGCACCUGUUUAAACCUGCUGACGGGUCGUGGGGAGUGAACUUGAUGGGGAGGCCCCGGGGCCAGAUGGGUCUCCAGGUGGGGAGGGUUGGGGAGGAGUAGGUAUGGUUCCAGGUGAGUCCAGCUCCACCUGUGCCCCCUCUGGGCAUCAGGGUUCCUGGUGACGGAGCUGAACCUUUGUGUGCUGAUCUUCCCAGCUGUUGCCACAGGCCCUGGGGAGGUGUGGAAGGUGACCGUGAGAUCUGCCUCGGCCUCGAGGUGGCCCCUUUUUGUGCUUUCUCCUGCCUGGCUGGUUGUUUUCAUUCUGACUCUUUGAGAAUGUCUGGGAUCCAAGCUGCCUCCAAUGGAGGGUGCUGGUCCCAUCAUCCUCCCAGCUGUGUCCUCCCAGGGUGCUCCGAAAGCCUAGAGUUCCCCAACCCUUCCCCCACCUCCCUGUGGCUCCCAGGGCCAGCCCGCCAGUCCCUGCCUCUUAAGGCUUCCCUGCCACCACUUCCCAUGUUCCUUCGUCACAGACGUGAGUGCCUAGAGGCCUGAGGACAGGGCCUGGGAUGAUGCUGAUGGCUUUGCCUGGCAUGGCCUGGGAGGUUCUUCCUCCCCGUCUCCACGACUUUCCUAAGCCUUUGUGUCAGAUGGGCGGUCUGGAUGCUCCAUCAGGAACUGCCAACCCGAGUGUUUUCUAACCAGAGACUGAGUGCUGAGAACCUGGGGCAGCUUUUCCUUGAGGUCCCCGAACCCCCAGAAACCAGCCCCGCAUCGAGGAUGCGCUGUUCCCCUGCUGGAGGGUUGGAGGAGACUCUCCCCGAAUCCAGACCCUCUGCAGACCCCCUCCCAGGCAGGCCCUAUGGCGAGGGGCAACUGUCUAGCUGUGUCAGCCCAGUGCAGACGGGACAGCAACCCUGCCCCACGCAGCUGCUCAGCUGCCCUCUGCACAGGCUGUGUCCCCACCCGCCUGAGCAGCAGGUGGCCUUUCCACAAGCAACUCUGCUGAUGCAGACGUGAGUUGCACCCGUGGGGGACAAGGGCUGGGUGCUGUCCUCACUGGGUUGGCUUGGUGUGAGCACCGGACGCCCUUGUUUAUGGUGGCUCAGUUUUGAUUGACUUGAAAGAAAACUUAACGCCGAGACUUUACGUGGAAAUGCAGCAGCACUGGAGACACAAUGCUGAUAAGUGGACAGGCUCCUGCCCCGCAGCCAGAAGGGAGGAUUGUGGUGAGCAUCACCUUCUACCCCUCCGGGGCUGCACGUGGCCCAAGUGGGAUGGUGCCCUCCAGCCCAGCAGUGGAGAAGCAGGUGCCCGUGGAGCCUGGGCCAGACCUCGAGCUCCGGUCCUGGCGGUGCCUGGUGUGCUACCUCUGCUUCUAUGGCUUCAUGGCGCAGAUCCGGCCAGGAGAGAGCUUCAUCACACCCUACCUCCUGGGGCUGGACAAGAACUUCACUCGGAAGCAGGUCACCAACGAGAUCACCCCGGUGCUCUCCUACUCCUACUUGGCCGUGCUGGUGCCCGCGUUCCUGCUCACUGACUACCUGCGCUACACGCCCGUGCUGCUGCUGCAGGGCCUGAGCUACGUGGCCGUGUGGCUGCUGCUGCUGCUGGGCCGCACCGUGGCGCACAUGCAGCUCAUGGAGCUCUUCUACAGCAUCACCAUGGCCGCGCGCAUCGCCUACUCCUCCUACAUCUUCUCGCUGGUGCAGCCCGCGCGCUACCAGCGCGUGGCCAGCUACUCUCGUGCGGCGGUGCUGCUGGGCGUCUUCACCAGCUCAGUGCUGGGCCAGCUGCUGGUCACCGCUGCUGGGGUCUCCUUCUCCACGCUCAACUACAUCUCGCUGGCCUUCCUCACCUUCAGCGUGGUCCUCGCCCUCUUCCUCAAGCGCCCCAAGCGCAGCCUCUUCUUCAACCGCGGCGCCGCAGGGCGGGAACCCUCGGCCUCCGCCUCGGAGCUGGAGCGCAUGAACCCGGGAGCGGGCGGGAAGCUGGGGCGCGCGCUGCGGGCGGUCUGCGGGGACUCCGUGCUGGCGCGCAUGCUGCGGGAGCUGGGGAACAGCCUGCGGCGGCCGCAGCUGCGCCUCUGGUCCCUCUGGUGGGUCUUCAACUCCGCCGGGUACUACCUGGUGGUCUACUACGUGCACAUCCUGUGGAACGAGGUGGAACCCACCACCAACAGCGUGCGGGUCUACAACGGCGGGGCCGACGCCGCCUCCACGCUGCUGGGUGCCAUCACCUCCUUCGCCGCUGGCUUCGUGAAGAUCCGCUGGGCACGAUGGUCCAAGCUGCUCGUCGCGGGCGUCACGGCCACGCAGGCGGGGUUGGUCUUCCUUCUGUCUUACACCCGCCACAUCUGGCUGUGCUACGCGGCCUUCGUGCUCUUCCGCGGCUCCUACCAGUUCCUCGUGCCCAUCGCCACCUUUCAGAUCGCGGCUUCUCUGUCUAAAGAACUCUGCGCCCUGGUCUUCGGGGUCAACACGUUCUUUGCCACCAUUGUCAAGACCAUCAUCACCUUCAUCGUCUCAGACAUCCGGGGCCUGGGCCUCCCCGUCCGCCAGCAGUUCCAGUUAUACUCUGUGUACUUCCUGCUCCUGUCCAUCAUCUACUUCCUGGGGGCCGCGCUGGAUGGCCUGCGGCAUUGCCAACAGGGACGCCACCAGCCACUGCCGCUGGCCGAGGACCUGAGGAGUCCCGCAGAGGAGAAGGCUGCACUGGCACUGAGCGUGCAGGACAAGGACCUCAGAAACCUGCCGCCAGCCCAGAGCCUGAGGCUCUCCCCGGAAGAUGGCUUGGGGGCUGCGGGGCCGGGCUCUGGGGAGCAGAGACAGAGCGACCUAGCCCCGGCCCCACAGGCGGCUGGAUUCCUGAGCCCAGUGCCAGCCCCUUCCGCCCACACUCCGGGCUCUGCCCAAGCCUCAGGCCCUGACUCUGCAGCUGAGACCUGUCCCCAGCCGGCUGUCCAUCCUCCUGGCGUCGGGACGCUGGGUCUGCAGCGUCAUUUAAGUGUCAGCGUUCAGAAUGUGAGCCAGUGAUUCUGGGGGAGCCCUGUGGUAACUUUGCAGGUGGUCCUCGGUGCACCCCCACGCCCCCCACCUUGAGGGCCGCCUGCCUUAGCCACAGGGGCCUCCACCUGUCCUGCUGGCAGCCCCCAGGAGCCCCCUGCCCUGAGUUGCACCCUAGUGGUGGCUGCAGCCUAGGGGGUGGCCAUGCUGUCCCCGCGCUGUGCCCCACUGGCUUUGGUUGCUGGAAGAGGAGGGUGGUGGGCUCCUGCAUCCACCAGGCCUUAUUGGCUCAUGCCCUUGGGAAGCGCGAGACAAAUUCUCUCUGUCCCCCAGGACUGUCGAAGUGGCCUUAGACAGCAACUCAGGGGACGCUGGCCCCACAGGAGUUGUGAGCCCUCUAGGGCAGGGUGGGAGGCUGGACCCCCGGGCACAGCUGAGCUGUGACAUGCUGGUCUUCCUUGGUGCUUUUGCUUUUUGAAAGAUGCUCUGCUUUUUUUUUUUUUAACUGACACAGAACGAAGAACUGCAUGGGGCUUCUCUGUCUCAGUUGGAAAGCCAUCUCAGGUUGGUGGCAGCAAAGUCCCCAUCAGAGGGCAGCAGUGGUUCUGGUCCUUGGAGCUAGUUCCUCUCCCCAGCUCCAAGGGCUUUGGCCCAGAGCCCUCCAUGGUCCCGUCUGCCCUUCCGAAGUGCGGGUAAUCCUGACCUGUGGUCCUCAGCUGCUCCCAUGCUCAUGCCAGCCCAGAGAGGACGGGUCCUGGUCACCGCGGACGUGCUGGCCUUGGUGUGUGUGGGGCUUGCCUGGCUGGGGGCCUUAGAUGGCAGGCCCUGAUGCUGCAGCUGAGACCCAUCCCCAGCCGCUGUCCGUCCUCCGGCGUCAGCACACUGGGUUUGCAGGGUCGCCCAAGUGCCAUCGUCCUGGGCGCUGGGGAAGGGCGUCUCAGCAGCCUCCAGGUCUGAGGAGCGUUAGUGCCUUGCCCACAGGUGUGGAACCGUCUGAUUCGAUGUGAAUACUCUUUCCAGGUACAUUAAACACACUUGUCACCUG